AUGUUUCGUGAACUCACAGAAUGUGUGCAAUAUUUGCACGAAAAGCAUAUCAUUCACAGAGACCUCAAACCCGAUAAUGUGUUGAUUUCAAUGGACUAUAAGAUAAAGUUAUGUGACUUUGGUUUGGCUAAAGAGUCCCAAAUUGUGAUCCGUUUCUUAUGUCUAAAGCCAAACAUACGGCAGAUGCGGGAACUGUUGACUAUAUGGCACCGGAAAAUAAAGUUAUGUGACUUUGGUUUGGCUAAAGAGGUCCUAAAUUGUGAUCCGUUUCUUAUGUCUAAAGCUAACCAUACGGCAGAUGUGGGAACUGUUGACUGUAUGGCACCGGAAAAUCGGAAAAUAUAAUAUAAAUAUAAAUAAAUGGAUGCAUAAAAUGAAUGCAUUAUUGGUGUCAAUGGCUGUCAAUAAGUAUCGCAAAAACGGUUCAACAGAUUGGAGGCAAAGACCCGAAUGUUCGCACAUUUUAUCACAAUUGCAGACAUUUAUGACAAAUAAACCAAUUAUUGGGGA